UGUGUCACCGUGGGGUCCCGAUCUGGAGGCGUGCAGCCCCGGGGCUAUGUAUGUAUGCAUGUGUGUGUGUGUGCCUCAAGCCUUCGUGUAGUCGGUGAAGAAUCGGCGUAACGGGUGUCAUAUACCAGCGAUGGAAAAGUCACAAGGGUUCAUCAUGUUUCUGCCAGGGAAUUUCUGUGUUUCCGUUGCACAAGGAAAUGCCCGAGAAGUGUGGGCGGCGUGGGAGACCAAGGGUGAGAAGGGGGGGCACUGCAUGGCGUGGGCUGCUCGUAUGUACAUCUGGCAGGUUGUACGGGCGCGGCACAGCCCAGCUGCUGCAACGGACCAGAUCGCCCCGAGGAUGCCACUGUCCUUUCUUGUGUUCUUUUUUUUCCCCCUCCGAUUCCCCUUCGGGAGCAGCGAGGGUUCCCGCGAGGAAAGCCGAUUGUCAUGUAACGGCGUGGCCCUAUUUCGGGAAUUUAUUUAUUUUCAUUUUUAAUUUGUUUUUGGCAAUCUCUCCCGUUCGUUUAGCAAUGUUCAAGUCCCUUCUUUCUUUCUUCCUUUCCUACUUGCGAUGCACAAUUUGGGGAGGUAUGUCAGAUUUCGUUAUGACGAAGGCCCCCAGGAAAGGCUGUUUCUUUAUACCGACGGCGAGCGAUUCGUCAGUAUGGUCACGAAACCUGGCCAGGCGGUGGCCCAACGGUGAACGAACGGGCGAAAGAGACCCUGGGCGGGAAAUCUGGUUUGACAUGUGAGAGGGAAGUUUGAACUCGGCCUCGACAGCUUUGGUAAUAUGACCUGAAGAGAAGAUGAGUUCGAGAAGCCGCGACGACGGGAAACCGCAUACAUACAUCAGCCCCGCGUCGAAGACAUCGGGUAUCUUGUCGCGAUAGGCAAGCCGAGGAACGGGAUACCUAUGCAGAACUAGUCGGAGGGGGAGAGGGGGUGUCGGUGGAGAAAGCGGCAAAGCGGG